AUGGAUAAUCCUGAAAAAGAUUCGGCGGGUGACCCUCAGCCGCCGCCACCUGUGCCUGGCCCGAGCGGGACGUCUCGCAAGCGGGCCCGGAGCACCAGCAGCAGCUCGAGCAGCAGCUCCUCGAGCUCUUCAUCAUCGUCCGGCAAACGAGGAAUUCCCAAUACCUCAAGAAGUGUACGAAGAAUUGAUGUGGUGGAUGGAGAACUCUCAAUUAGCAACAGCAAUACACUACCCUCCACCGAGUCACUUUUUGACAACGGAUGCUUCAGAUCAGGCUUGGGGAGCGCAGCUAAACAAUCGAGCAAUCUCAGGAAGUUGGACUUCAGUAGAGAAAGGAUUGCAUUGCAACCAAAAAGAAAUGCUUGCCAUACUGCAUGCCCUCCAAUGCCAGAUUCACGAACUCCACCACAGUUCGAUUCUCAUACAAUGCGACAGCAAGACUGCAGUAGCACAUCUCCGAAAAGAAGGAGGCACAAAGUCGUUACCCCUAUUGGAAAUAACACACCAAAUUUUGAAUCUACUAGAUCAACAUCAAAUAUAUUUCAAAAUACAUUACAUACCAGGAAAAUACAACAAUCAUGCCGACCAUUUAUCACGCCUUCGCACACCUCCAGAAUGGCACUUACUGGCACCAGGCGUAGACAUAGUAUUUGCGAAAUGGGGAUAUCCAGUGAUAGACCUAUUUGCCUCGAAGACAGCACACGUAAUCAGCAAUUACGUAUCAUUGGAUCAGACAGAUCAUCAAGCUCUAUUUCACGACGCGUUCAGUGUUCCAUGGAACUACCCCCUCGCGUGGGUAUUUCCACCACCGUUUCUAAUACCCAAAGUCCUGAUUCACCUAAAUCAGUCAACGGGGGUGUUUCUAAUAGUGGUGCCUCGGUGGGAGAAAGUAUACUGGCGCGCAGACAUCAAAGCUCGGGCACUCGCGGCUCCGUUAACCUUGAGGAACCUUCAGAGACAUCUUGUCGACACAACAACGGGGCUACCUCCUCCGAACGUAGAGAACCUGGUUCUAGAGGUAUGGAGAUGUGGGGGUGGUCCGAGGCGGUAGAAACAUGGAAUCCUCAACAAGUAUCCCUACUUAAAAAUUCCCGGCGAAAAUCUACCUUGAAAACUUAUGAGGUCGCGUGGAAACGUUGGUGUUCUUGGGCCACUACUAAUGGCAUUAAUAUAAACAGUCCUACUGGCCCACAAUUAGCACAAUUCUUAUCUGAUUUAUACUUGAUUCACAAUUUGUCUUACAACGUUAUGUAG